AUGGUGAACGUGAAUGAGCACGAUCAUGAUGAGGCCUUCUGGGCCCCGGGUACGGUGGUCCUCGAAGACGUCCGCCGGACUCAAGGCCAGCUGAUCCUAUUCCCCACACCCACCGCCGACCCCAAUGACCCUCUCAACUGGUCGGCUGCCCGCAAAGCCCUCAACUUUACUCUUGUGAGCUUCUUCGUGAUCUGGACCUUCGUCCAACUCGAUAUCGGCUUCACGGCAUGGGGUCCCAUACAAACCGAGCUGGGCUUUUCUCUGGAUAUCUUGAACGCCGGCGCCGCCGUGAACUAUGGAGGGCUGGCGAUCGGCUGCUUCUUUUUCAUUCCCCUCGUGCACAAAUAUGGCCGUCGGCCCAUCUAUAUCUUCAGCGCGGCUUUGCAGUUCGCGUCAUGUGUCUGGCAGGCCCAGACAUACACAGUCGGUAACUUUAUCGGCGCUAACCUGAUCUCCGGGCUAGGCGGCGCGAUCAGCGAGAUUGUGGUGCAGAUCACCGUGGCCGAUGUGUUCUUUGUGCACCAACAUGCCACGAUGAACGGGUGGUUCGUGAUUUUCCAGUCCACGGGCGCCUUUCUCGGACCGGUCGCGUCGGGGUAUAUUGUGCAAUCACAGGGCUGGCGCUGGAUGUGGUGGUGGUGUGUGAUCUUCUUCGGAGUCACAUUAGUCUGCGUCAUUUUUCUCUUUGAGGAGUCCAAGUUCGUGCCGAUUCUGGACGGUCAAAGUGUUUUGUCGGGGUCGCAGACAGCUCAGGUGCAGGACGACGAGCGCAAGGAUAGCGUGUUGGCCGACUUCAAAACAACUGCUCCUCAAGAACCAACACCUCAGCCUGCCCCCGUCCCGGAGAUCAAGCCCAAGACCUAUUGGCAGCGGAUGGCCUGGGUCACCAAGACGAACGAAUCCCUCUGGCCUCAUUUUUACAUUCCUCUGAUCACGUUAUUCAAAUACCCCGCGGUCACAUACACUGCUCUGACCUAUGGAUCGACUCUGGCCUGGUUUGCCAUCAUGACAUCCCUCCAGGCGUCGUACAUGCUGCUCCCGCCGUACAACUUUGAUGCGAUUGGGGUGGGCCUGAUGAAUGUUGCACCGUUUGUGGGGGCAAUGCUUGGCUUCCCCUUUGGUGGAUAUCUGAGCGACAAAUCUAUCCUCUGGCUAUCCAAGAAGAAUGGAGGUAUCUAUGAGCCAGAGAUGCGUCUCUGGUUGGCACUUCCCAUGGCCAUUCUGGGCCCGGCGUCCAUCUUGAUGUUUGGUUUGGGACUCGCUUAUGGUAUCCAUUGGGCGCUUCUAGCGGUCGGGUUUGGAGUCUUUGGAUUCACCCUAGCUGCCAUUAGUGGAAUCUCCCUCUCCUAUCUCAUGGAUUGCUACCAAGAUGUCAUCGGAGACGCCCUGGUAGGCGUCAUUUUCAUGAGAAAUAUCAUCUCGGUGAUAGUCCUUUUCGUUCUCACGCCCUGGGUCAACGGAAUGGGUAUCCAAAACCUCCACAUCAUCUGUGCCGUGGUUGCUUUCGUUAUCUACCUGAUCCCGGUUCCUUUGUUGCUUUGGGGCAAGAAAGCGCGAGUCAUGACCGCCGGAAGCUACAAGAAGCUAGCAGCUACCCAUGUCAGCCACCGGAUGGUUUGA